AUGUUGCGAAGAAAAUCCGUUAGCAAAGCGAGCGGAAAUGCCGGCUCGAUGGCGAAUGUUUUUUGCUUACAAGAUAUGCAAAGUCAACAUAAUGAAUUGAAUGGAGAGUUUCUGCUCUAUCAAGUGAUUCUCAAACGUUUACUAUCGGAAGGUUUGACCGAUCUUUCGAAAAAAGCCACACUUAUCGAGCAUUUUGAUCCUACCGAUGCAACAGAUCAACAGAUUAUGAAAGAGUUCGAUACAAGCUACGAUCCAAAGAAAGCCAUCUAUUGGUACACACGUGAAUCAUGUAUAUAUCGCUUGUUAAACAAAGCCUUACGGACACAAAGUAUUGGAGAUCUGAUUGCGUUUACACAAUUCAUUCGUGACCUAUACAAUCAAUUAGCCUAUGAACAAAUAACCUUCUUAAUUACAAGUCCAACCAUGUCCUUGACAGUGUAUCGUGGCCAGAUGAUCAGUGUUGACGAAGUGAAUCGAAUCAAGUAUGCUAAAGGUCAAUUAUUAUCGAUGAAUUCAUUUCUGUCGACAAGUACGAACCGUAAGCAAGCAUUAGAGUUCGCCAUGAGCGGAACAAAAUCAGAGACGUUAACGACAAUUCUAUUAGAAAUUAAACUUGAUUUACGACAAUCGAGUCGGCCGUAUGCUGAUGUGAAAAAUCUCAGUGCGUUUGCUAAGGAAGACGAAGUGCUGUUCAUGUUCGGUUGUGUUUUUCGUAUUGAUCAAAUUUGGUUUGAUAAAGAAUUGAAAAUUUGGCGAGCGAAUUUGACAUUAUGCGGCGAUGAAGACGGUGACUUAACCCGAUUUGAAGUCGAGCUGGAACGAGAGUUAGAAGGGAAGAAUAUGCUGGUAAGUCUCGGUCUUUACAUGAUGCAAAUGCAAAAAUUCGAUGAAGCUGAAGCUCAUUAUAAAAUGUUGUUAAAAGAGAAACUGAUCAAAGAAGAUUUCGAUUUGGCUACUUGCUAUCAUGGUCUCGCACAAGUUAACGAAAAGAAAGGAGAUUAUGAUGAUGCUCGAAGGCAUUUAGAUCUAGCAAUGAAUUAUUUAUCGAACGAUCCAAAAACCAAAGAGCACUUUCUUGUCGGACAAUGCCACAAUGAUUUAGGUUUAAUUCAUUCCCAUCAAGAAAAUUAUCCUCUCGCCUUUCAUCAUUACGAACAAGCGUUGAAGUUCGAGAAAAACAAUCAUUCGAUGACUUACGCCGGUCUAGCCAAACUGCAUUCCACCAUGGGAAAUUAUAAAAUCGCUUUGGAAUAUCAGUACAAGUGUUUACAGCAUCAGACGAAUACCACACGACCAUCGUUCAUUGCGAAUACAUACAUCGAAUUAGGAAAGAUCUUCACGGCAUUGAAACAAUUCGAAAAAGCGAAAAAUAUCUUCCAAAAAGCAAUCCAGACGCAACAAAAAGCUUUGUUCGCUGAUCAUCCAGAUUUAGGCUAUACUUACAUCGCAAUGGGACAGAUGUACUCCGAUUUUGACCAGGAAAGCAAAGCAUUCGAAUGUAUACAAAAAGCAUACGAUCUACAAGCGAAAUCUUUACCAAACAAUCAUUCGGAUUUCGCGGAGAGUUUCAAAAACUUUGGUUUUCUUUACCAAAAGAAAGGUGACUAUGAUCAAGCAUUGCACUACUUCAACAAAUUACUCGAAAAUCAAUUGAAAACAUUACUAUGGAAACAUCCGGCUGUCGGUGAAACGUAUUCGAUUCUUGGCAAAACUUAUUUAGCACAAAACAAUUACGAUCAAGCACUGGAUUAUUUGGAUAAACUUCUGAAAAAUCAACUGGAACGAUUAAACAUCGGUAAUCCAGCGAUCACAGAAACCUACAACACAAUUGCGAAUACAUAUUUGAAAAAAGACAACAUCGAAGAUGCCUUGGACUACUUUCAUAAAUCGCUGAAAAACGAUCUCGAACGGAAACUUCCAGAUGAUCCAUCAUUGAUCGAGCUCUACCGAACCAUCGCGAAUCUUCAUUUAAAACUCGAUGACUACCCAUUGGCAUUGAUUUAUUUCAAUCGACUAGUCGAUGCUCAAGCACGAGUGAAACCUGUGGAUGAAGAAGCAAUCGACAAAACAUAUGAAAUCAUCGGCAAAAUUUAUGCUCAAAACAAUUUUUUUGAAAAUUCUCUACUUUAUUUUGGAAACUCGUUGAUUACACAAAUGCAAGAUUCCUUAUCAAAUCGAGCUGACCUGUCCGACUCAUUCCGUAUGAUUGAAAGUGUUCAUUUCGAAAAACGACAUUUAGAUCAAGCUUUGCGUUAUUUUCAACAGUUGUUAAAGAUCGAAUCGGUCAAACUCCAAACGGGCGAUGCACAAUUCACUCAUUUACAUAAAAUUCUCGGAAAUAUCCUAUUAGAAAAGCAAAAUAUGGAAGAAGCAUUAGUCUCCUUUGAAAAUGUAAUGAACAAUGAAUUGAAGACCAAAUCGUCAACUGAUCCGAAACUAUACGAGAUUUACGAAGUGAUCAGCAAUAUCAACGUUGAAAUACAUAAUUACGAUCAAGCAUUGAUUUAUCUCAAGAAAUUGCUCAGUAGUCAACUAGAAAAAGUUCCGAGAAAUUAUCGUCGAUUGGCUGAUCUUUAUAAAUAUACUGCGAAUAUCUAUCUGGACAAAUUAAAUUAUCCUCAAGCAUUGAUCCAUUAUAAUCAUCUACUUGAUUGUCAAUUGAAAAUAGACGUCAAAGAAUUGAAUGCGACAUUAGCAAGUAUCGGGAAAGUUUUUUGUGAUUAUGAUCGAUUUGCUUCGACGAAGAAGUCGAAAUUAGGCUUCGUAACAACGAUAAAUCUCCUACCGAGAUCUCUUCGAAUCGCGUCUCUGACGGAGAGUUCGAUAGAACAACGUCAUUUCAACCGUCUGAUCGACUAUUUCGAAGAGCUCAUCACAAAAAAUAGUUCGCUAAGUGAUUCUUAUCAAAUACUCGCACAUGUCUACCUCGAAAUCCAAAGUUUCGACGAAGCGUUAAAAUUUUUUCGGAAAGCACUUCAUCUCGAAAUGAAAGUUCAACCACCAUCAAACGACACACUAAUCAUGAAAAUUUACAAAUUCAUCUGUGUAAUCUAUUUCGAACAACAUAAUCUCACUCAUUCCAUGAAAUAUCUUCAAAAAUUAUUGCACAAACUCUUAGACAGAACUCUCGUUCAAGACCCUUCGUUAGCUGACAUCUACCACCUCAUCGCCGUGAUUUAUUUCAAACAGAAGAACUUCUCACACGCGCUGCUUUACUUCAAUCUUCAAUUAGAUUCUCACGCACAAGCCAAGUCGAAUGAGAAAACCGCCAUCGAACGUGCUUAUUCAUACAUCAAAUCGAUCUAUUUAGCUUGCGAUUAUUUUCCAAAACCUACACUACGAUCGUUAUCAGUAGCAUCAAUAAAACUGAUCGAAGGCAAAUAUUUCGAUCAGCGACAUCGCGAUCAGUCUAUCGAGUAUUUCCAUCAAAUACUCAAGAAACAAUUGAAAACAUUAUCCACUGGUGAUUCCUUACUGUCGGAAAGUUACAAUGUUAUUGCGAAUAUAAAUCUCUCUCAACGAAACUAUAACCAAGCGUUGCUUUUUUAUUAUAAAUUAUUAGCGAAUGAGUCCGAAGAGAAAACGUUCAAGGAUCUUUCGUUGGCAGAUAUUUACAAAAACAUGGCAUAUAUUUAUUUUGAUAUGGAAAUCUAUGACGAAGCGUUACUGUUCUUCAAUCGUCUAAUCCAUUGCCGAAUAGAAACUUCAGAUUUGCCAAUCGAUGAGAUCUACGCAUUGAUAGGAAAGAUCUAUUUGACGAAGCAUAUCUCUUUUCCGACGGGUACGGUGUCGACCGCCGAGCGUUGGAAGCAAUUGAUUCAAACACAAACCGAAGCCGAACGAAAACCACUGAAUAGUCUUUAUGAAAUUCUACAUAAUAAACCGUUCAAAUCCUAUUACCAAGAUCGAGCAUUGGAUCAUUUUCUGAAAUUACUUCGUUCACGAACUGAUGACAAAACAUCAACGACGGCCGAUAUGAUUUAUUUGAUUAUUGCAAAUAUUCAUUAUGAAAAACGUGAUUACAAUCAAGCGCUAUAUUAUUUCAGUAAAUCAAUCGAAGCGAGUACAUCGAGAGAUUCUUCAUUGGCAGAUAUUUAUACAGCGACAGCGAAAAUUCAUUUUCAGAAGGGUCAUUUCAAUCAAGCAAUAGCUGACUAUCGAUUAGCGUUAACAUACUACAAAAAAGAUUCUUCGGCAGCAUCACAUAAAAUCGAACAAGUCAAACGAUAUAUAAACGAAAGUAUUUUACAGCUGGAGAAUUAG